AGCUACAUAUUCUAUACCUACUAAGUCUGUGCAUAUUCUUAAUCUGUGCGUUAAAUUGUAAAUAAAACCACGUUUUUCGCCUUGAUCGAAGAAACAGUUUUUUCAUAAUAAACCAUAAUGAAAACCCAGAAAAAGAAACGCUACUUCGAAACAGAUCAAGAAACAUCAAAUACCGGUUCGAAUCAAGAUAAUGUAAAAGUAUACAAUAUUAAAAUAAAUCAAAAAGCAUCAAAACGGAAGCCACAUUUUAAAAACGUAACAAAUAUCAAAAAAGCCAAGAAAACAUUUCCUGGAAAAGCUUCUAUUAGUGCUGAUAAAUUAGAAAAACAUUCACGUGGUGAAAGAUUAAAACCUAAAUUAGUGAAGCACCCUUUAUAUGAAACCAAAUUAAAGAAAAAAGAACACAAACUAAAUUAUGCACAGGAACAAGCUGCAAGAUCCGAAAUAUUACUUACAGAAGAGCAAGGCUGCCUCCAAGUUGAUGAAAAUGUCAAAACCACAUCAAUAUCUCAAAAAACAAUCAAAGAAAAUGUGGAUAUUGCAGCAGCAACAAAAAUAUUUGAACUGAAUUUAGAUUUUGGGCCAUAUAGGGCAAAAUAUUCAAGGAAUGGUAGACAUCUACUUCUAGGUAGUCAAAAAGGUCAUUUAGCAGCUUUUGAUUGGGUUACCAAAAAGUUACACUGUGAAACUAAUGUCAUGGAAUCUAUUCAUGAUAUCAGUUGGUUACAUGUUGAAACUAUGAUAGCAGCGGCGCAAAAGGAAUGGCUCUAUAUAUAUGAUAAUACUGGAAUGGAACUUCAUUGUGUGAAAAAAAUUAAUAAAGUUUUGCGAAUGGAAUUUCUUCCUUAUCACUUCUUACUUGCAACCGUUAACGAAUAUGGUUUUAUGUCUUGGCUAGAUAUAUCUAUUGGUGAAUUAGUGAGCCAAUAUAAUAAUCGCUUGGGACGGACAUCAGUAAUGACACAAAAUCCAUACAAUGCAACUUUGUGUUUAGGAAAUUCUAAAGGGGUUGUUUCUCUAUGGUCUCCUACAGUUAAAGAGCCAUUAGCUAAAAUUCUAUGCCAUAAGACUCCUUUGACUGCCAUUGCUGUUGAUAAUAGGGGAAUGUAUAUGGCUACAUCUGGAGUAGAUCGUAGCAUGAAGAUAUGGGAUAUCAGAAAUUUAGAUGGUCCAGUUCAGCAUUACAAAUUGAGAAGUGCUCCUAUAGAUUUAGAAUUCUCACAAAAGGACAUGCUGGCUGUAGGACUCGGAGAAGUUGUGGAAAUAUAUAGUAAUUGCUGCACAAAAACGGUGGAUAGACCUUACAUGAGACAUAGAAUGGCCAAGAGUAUAAAUAACUUCAAGUUUUGCCCCUAUGAAGAUGUUUUAGGUAUUGGUACAUCUAAUGGAUUCAGCAGUAUAAUUGUUCCAGGUAGUGGGGAACCCAACUUUGAUGCUUUGGAGAGCAAUCCAUUCCAAACCAAGAAACAAAGAAAAGAGGCUGAGGUUAAAGCUCUGCUUGAAAAGAUACCUGCAGAGCUUAUUACUCUCAAUCCAUUUGAAAUAACUGAAGUAGAUGUGCCCUCGAUGAAGGAGCAGAUGGAAGCUAAAAAGAAACUCUUGUAUUUAAAACCGAAAAAGAUCGACUACACUCCAAGACAUAAGAACAAAGGCCUUACAAAUAUUGCAAGAAAGAAGAUCAUUAAAGAUGCAGCCAGAAAGGAACAUAUUGAGCAAGCUAUUGAAGCAAGGAAAAUUCUCAAUUUACCAACAAAUGAAAAAAUACCAAAGCAGUCAUUUGGAGUACUGGACCGUUUUAUCCCAAAACAUAGAACUAAGAAAUAAAACAGUUUUAUUGUUUUGAUUUAUUUUUAUUUUUUAAGGUUCUUUUAACUAUAUGUUUUGAUAAAGUUCCUGAUAAUAUUUACAUGAUUUGUAUUUACACAUCACAUAGUCUUAACAUGAUUAUGAAUACAAUUAUAAAAAUGUCUUUUUUAAUAUAAAAAUAAUCUGUUCAAAAAUAUUUCUUAACAAGGUAUAUCAAAUAAAUCACAUAAACCUUCUGAACCACAUAAUGAAAACGAAAAGUCGUGUUUGGAAGGUGGUGGACUCAAUCUUAAUAAAUAAUUAGUUUGUGCCACACCUAUGUCAGUUUCCAAGGAUUCCUGAACUACUGUAUCCAUUUCUUCAUCUUCUACAUCCUGUAAAAUGUUUUAUUUAA